AUGUUUCGUUUCCUUCUUGUGGCUUUAAUGCUCGGCUAUGUUUCCGCAGCUGGUCGUAUUAUUGGUGGACAAUUUGCCACUCCGGGGCAAUUCCCCUAUCAGGUAUCGCUGCAACUCAAGGGUCGCCAUCAUUGUGGUGGUUCCAUAAUAUCGGAAACCUUUGUUGUUACUGCUGCUCAUUGUACCAUUGGACAAAAUCCCGCUGCAAUGAAAGUUAUUGUCGGUACCACAGAUCUCCAGGCUGGCAGCGGCAAAUCUGUGAACGUUGCCCAAUUUAUAAUCCAUCCACAAUACAACUCCCAAAGUCAAGAUUAUGAUAUGUCGCUGAUAAAAUUGGCGGAGCCAUUACAAUUGGGUUCCUCAGCAGUGGAUAAAAUUGAAUUGGCCGCUUCGGAUGCCAACUUUGCUGCAGACACCUUGGCCACCAUAAGUGGCUUUGGAGCCAUUAAUGGAAAUUUACAGUUGCCGAAUAAGCUGAAAUUUGCCCGUGUUCAAUUGUGGUCUCGUGACUUCUGUAAUCCACAAAAUAUUCCCGGUAUUACGGAUCGGAUGAUUUGUGCCGGCCAUCCUAGUGGACAGGUCAGCUCUUGCCAAGGUGAUAGCGGUGGCCCAUUGACUGUGGAUAAUAAACUAUUCGGUGUGGUUUCAUGGGGCUUUGGUUGCGGUGCUCAGGGUAAACCGGCCAUGUACACUUAUGUGGGAGCUCUACGUUCGUGGAUUAAACAGAAUUCAGGAGUUUAA